AAAGCCAUAACCAUGCUUGUUUUACUGCUGAUCGCAUCAAUGUUUCGGCAAGGUCUUACAGUGGUGGGCUAUGGAGACAACUUUGUCACUGCCUUUCCAGAGAACAUUGGUUUCUUCUAUCCGGCUAAUACCUUGAACCGUCUAAGAGUCACAGCCCUUCAUGACAACACUUCAUUCAAAGUCUUCUACAAAACAACACAGAAAGACUUUCAAAUUUCAACGUCGGGGCAGACCAUGAGUAUUAUAUUUCCAAAGUCCGCUGAAGUAAACCAACUAGGCCCCUCGAGUUUUUCUGUCAGAAUAACCAGUGACAAAAACAUCACAGUGGUUUCUAUAAGUCACCAGGAACAAAGCACCCAGUCCUAUGUCGUCCAGCCAACUGUAAAUCUUGGGACAAACUAUUUGAUCCCUUUACUGGAUUACCCAGACUAUAUUCAAUCUUUCAACCUACCUAGUCUUGUCAGUACAACCAUGAGAUACAGCUCAUUCAAGUUACUCAUUAUCAAUGCAGUGAACAGUCAAAACAGCGUCACUGUAAUCAAGCAAACAUCAGUAUCAGGUGUCAGUGAAGAGACAUUCAGAAUCGAUUCCUACCAGCUGGUCCAGCUUCAGACCAACGGUUCUAUUUUGAAGGUCAAAUCAAGCAAAGAAGUCGCUGUGAUACUGACCCAUCCAUGUGUAGAGACUGAGAACUGUAAUUGUAACAUGGUAAUGAAUCAGAUUCUACCCACAGAAUUUCAGGGUUGGAGCUUUAUCGUACCUUCCAUCUUCAAAGUGUCUGAGACCAAGCUACUUAUGCUAUCAGAAAACACGUCAUCGCUAUUUCUCGAUGGUAUCCAGUUACAGGCUUCUCCCUCAACACUUCUGCCAUUGUCAGACCUGCAGAAAUCCAAGAUGGUUUAUGCUACGGAUCUAGUGUCUCUCAGACUUUUCAGUCCAGGUCUCAUUGUGGAGCUGAUCCCAGAAAACAUGUUCUCUGCUUGCUACCUGCUGCAGUUUGCUGAUUUAAAUGGCAAGGCUUUGGUGAUCGCUGAAACAGACAGCAAAGAUGAUGUGCGCAUACAGGAUAUUUUACUCUCAGCAUCUGACUGGACUGCAAUCACUGGCACAAACUACUCUUCAACUGUUGUAACUAUACCGUAUAAAAUGAUGACAAUCUGGCAUCCAACAUCAAGGAUUGCAGUUUAUAUGCUGGAACAUAUAUCUGCAAAAGUAAUAUUUGGAGGCCCGGCUGUACCAAUCAAUAUAAAAACAGAUCUUCAUGGUUGUGUGUUGGUUCCCGGAUCAUUUGCGAUUGGACCCGACCCUCUGACUUGGAAGAAGUCUCGCGAGUACUGCAUGAAUAAUGGAAAUCAGUUUGCCUGUCCUGUAACUGAAUCUGUCCAUAAAGAUAUGGCUGAUAACCUGACCAAGAAGGAUGGGGAUGGCUGGAUCGGUCUCCGGCGUAGUUUACUAACUACAGACUGGUACUGGCAGGAGGAGUAUGAUCCCCCAACCUCUGUCAAUUAUGUUCACUGGGACAAGAAGCAACCACUGGACGUUUUGAAGGGCUUAUGCACUUCAGUGUCCCUUGACCCUAAAAAUGAUUUCAAAUGGCGAAGUGCACGCUGCUGUGAUAAAAAGAAACCUGUCUGCUACAAAUGGCCAGUGUAUCUCAAUGCCUCACAAGAGCUCUUGGUAACAGAAUUGUAGUUUAGUGCUUGUUGGUAAUGCUAUUCUUUAGGUUCAU